UUAUAGGAUCGGAAAACAGUUCGUGAGUCACAUGAAAAUGAUGGUUUAAGGUUUCUGGAAGUCUUUGUGGAUCGAUCCAGAAAAGAUUGUUCACACGGUCUUGAGAGAAACGGUAAAAACUAUAAGAUCAUGUAUAUUAUUGUGUUAUCUAACUUAGUAUUGAGCCAAAUUGAUGGCGAUUAUCAAAUACCAACCAAUGCUGAUGUUCACUUAAGACGAAGUGGGGAUAAUGUAGCCGAGCUGACAACACAACUAAUAAAUGAGCUCAUUUUAUAUACAAUAAUUUCCCCCAUCAUCAUUCCACCACAAUCACCACAAUCGCCCUUUUCGCCUUGUGGAACAAUAUCGUCACCAUCUACGUCAACUACAACUUUCAACUCGUCUGGUUUAGAGUCAGAGUUUGAUGAUGAUGAUGAUGUGACAAGUUCCACCACCCCCUUUAAACUUCCGCAGAACGGAAGUGCUCUUCUCACCAUUUUCAACUACGUGAAAUCAGUGAUGAUAAUGAGAGGAUAUAAGGGGACGGAUGAGCAAGUGGAUAAGGAUGAAUUGUUUUUUGAGAUAAUGAAUGAAUGGGAAGAACAUUAUAAAACCAAUGUUGGUGAUGAGAGAUUCUUUCCUGUGCUUCUUCCUCACCCAACAAAUAAAACCACUCCCACCACAACUCCUACUAAAAAAACAACUCCAACUAAAAAGAAACAGGAUGAGUUUAUACCACUUUACUGGGACGGGAAGCAAUUAUUGUUUGGUAAAUUUUAUGAAAAACACUUACAUCCAUUCUCACGAAAGUGUAAUGAAUGCUGGCAAACUAAAGACAACUGUUCCUCACACAACAAGACCAAACUUACUCAAUUUGCAAUUUUACGUGACUUGAAUGAAAAUGCAAUCAGAUACUAUGUUCCUAUACAACAUCAAGUGCAAAAGAAACAACAAUGGACAAAUAAGUUAAUGAAAGCCUUAGUGAACAAGUCAAAAAUUCCACUUCUUGGACUGCACUUAAAGACCCAUCCCGAUUCAAAAUGGUUUGAAGAGUAUUACAAACCCAUUCUUAUCUCUUCACCUGAUAAGCAACCAAUCAUGAAUACAAUUAAGUUGUCUUUGGGUUUCAUCUGCCUGUUCCGUAAUCUUGAGAGAGUUGGAAAUGCCACCACCAUCCUACCACACAACCUACUUCACUCGAGAAUUUGCAUUUCUGCUGCUAAGUUAGAUGUUUUGGAGAGAAUGUUGUUGAAACAUGGGAUAACUUUCACCGUGGGUGAUGAAUAUGAAGAACAGUCUUCAACCUCCCCCAUGGCUGCUACUUAUUGUGGUAACCUCCCUCGUGUCUAUUGUGGUACUGAGCCAGACAAUAAGAUCAACAUUGGCCUCAAAGUACAAAUUGGUGGAGGAGCUGCCAGUGUUUAUACACACUCCGAUAAGUUUUUUUCCGGUCCUCUGUAUCAACCCACUCUCACUGAUGAUGAAAGAGAGAUUGCAAAUUCCAUCACCACUAAUUGGAGGAAAGACGUGGAGGUGUCAAAAAUGAAGGGGUGGAAACCUGAUGAAAUCACCAAAUAUCAAGAUCAACUUGCCAUAUUUAAACGAGUGGAGGCUGACUGUACGAGAAAGGAGGGCUUGGGAAUUGCAGCCCUAAUAAUAGCAGAGAUGAAGGGACAGUCCCAUAAUGACAUCCUCAUUCAACGAGACAACAAAAUUUAUGAGUAUACCAAUAGUGCUGAAGAAGGAGAUCUGCUAUAUAUUCAAAAUGUGUUUAAAUUCCUAACUGGAUAUUCUCUUAAAAUUACAACUGCUCAUUCUAAUGAUUUAAAAUUAAUGGAUAUGUCUUUUGUUUGACAUACUUAUAAAUGGAACAGAGUUACUUACUACACUUCCCAUAAUAGGAGUAACUCGAAGUGACCACCGCCAGUCUUUAGUAAAUUUUUCCGUCUCGGAACCAACAAUAUAUCCCAGCCCACUGCAAGAGAAACACGAA